AGGGUCCUCUCGCUACCCUGCUAUGGCGCUGAGUGUGUGUGUGAGUGUGUGUGUGUGGUCAGUGGUCUGUGUAGCGUGUGUGUUAGCGGACUCAUGUUCCUCAGCGCUGGGCAGCAGCUCCAUCAACUUUUCGGUCGCCUACUCGUUGCCAUGGUACCGAGCAUCGGGGCCCGUGCAGAACCUGGUGGCCAACGAGGCGUACGGAGAGGUCUAUCUAGCCGUCAGGGACGCCAUCUUGGCUUUGGACCAUCGCAACCUGGAGUUGCUAUGGCGACUGCCGACUGGGCCGGUGGGCGGAGCAGAGUGCCAGGUGUGCCGCCUGUGUCCCCUCAGUAGCCCCUCCCCCCCUGAACACAUGGACAACCAGGUGCUGCUACUAGACACCUACCUGAUGUCCCUGUACGCGUGUGGCAGUUCGCAGCAUGGUGUGUGCUACUCCCAUCAGCUGCAGGAGGGGGGCAGGCCCCCCCAGCCCUCGCGGUGCCUCUUCCGUCGUCAUGCCAACUCCGCCGCCUCCUGCCCCGACUGUAUCGCCAGCCCGCUUGGAACGCGCGUCUCAUUGGUCGAGGAGGGACAGACGGUGUACUUCUUUGUGGCUGCGACGGUGAAUGACAGCGUGACACAGCGUUACGGCCGCAAGUCGCUCUCCGUGCGUCGGCCGCUCUCCUCCGAGGAUGGUUUCCAUGGCGAUGUGCAUGGGCUCACGGUGCUGCCGGAACUGAGGAGGAGCUACGCCGUCAAAUAUGUCUACAGCUUUCACACGGAGGCCUUCGUGUACUUCCUGUCCGUACAGCGGGAGAGCCCUGCCCUUGACUCCUCCCCCUUCCAGACACGACUGGGCCGCCUCCCGCGUCACGAGUGGGAGACGCGGCGCUACAGGGAGGUCGUCCUGGAGUGUCGAUUCGAACCCAAACGCCGUCGACGCCGCAGGAGUGGGAGAGAGAGGCGUAGUGGGGAGGUGUUUAAAGACGUGGUGUAUAACGUGGUGCAGGCUGCUUAUUUCGGCCGUGCGGGUCGAGAGCUGGCCGCUGAACUCGGUACUGAGGAACAGGAUGAUAUCCUCUACGGAGUCUUCGCCGUUACCGAUGACAACGGAAACCCCGCCCAUGACUCCGCCCUCUGUGCGUUCCCUAUGGAUUCGGUGAAUAAGGCCAUUGAGGACGGCGUGGAACUCUGCUGUAAAUCAGGAACAGAGCAGCUGUCAAGAGGACUGUGCCACUACCAACCAUGCGAGAGCUGCCCCCAUGAGAGUAUGGAGAACAAUGCGGCGUGUAAGGACCAGCCUACCAUGGUCUCCAAGCCCUACUACAGAGUUGACCUGUUCAACAGGGAGAUGACCAGCGUGCUGCUGACUUCUCUACUGGUCACCACCAUCCACAACAAGACAGUCGCACACAUCGGCACCUCCGACGGACGCCUUCUACAGCUGGUGUUACGGCGGUCCAGUCCUAUAAUCUUCGCUAACUACUCUUUGGCUAAAGACCAGCCGGUCUCUCCCACCGCCGCCGUCUACUCAGACCAACACCUGCUGUUCGUGGUGGGAGACAAGGUGUUCCAGGUCCCCCAGCGCGGGCCGGGUUGUGACCACUUCCUGACAUGCUCAGUGUGCCUGCUGGCGCCGAGCUUCAUGGGAUGCGGCUGGUGUGAGGGCCGCUGUUGCCGGGAUACGCAGUGCCCAAGCCCCGCCCACUGGCGGAACGAGUCCUGCCCACCGGGCAUCACUCAGUUCUUCCCCAAGACGGCGCCCCCCGAUGGCCAGACGGAGGUGACACUGUGUGGGCGGAGUUUCCAGUCGCCGGGCCGACAGCCGAUCAACUCGCGGAGCCAUGAGGUCCGACUGGGGGACACACUCUGUCAUGUGCAGCCCAGAGAGAGCAGCAGCAAUCGGUUGGUGUGUAAAGUUCGUCCGGUGGAGGGUCCUCUGCUGUUCCGGAAUGUUCCGGUGCAUGUGCGCGUGGAGGAAGAGAGAGGCGAUGGCAGAUAUUACAUCAACGGCACAGACACACUGCCCGGGUUCAGCUUCGUGGUGCCAGAGGUUCUAGCUGUCCAGCCUGACUACGGGCCUGUAGAUGGGGGAACGCGCAUCACCAUCACGGGCCCUUACCUGGACGCCGGCACCCAACGCAAAGUCACCCUGGACGGAGAACCAUGCCCUGUGGAGAGCGUUUUUAAGGUGCGGGGUAAUGUGUCAGCGAUCGUGUGUGUGUCGCGGCCAGUCUCGGAGGUUAAGGAUGUGGUGUUACGCGUCUACAUUGACAAGUCCCACGUACACACCACCAAGGUCUUCCGCUACAAACAUACGCCGCUGAUCACUCGUGUGCGGCCAGACUGCAGCUUCGACCGGGGUUCCAGGAUCACUAUUGAAGGGAAACAUCUGGACUCCGUCUACCGCACUGUGAUCCGCUUCAAGCCCAACGAACAGCACCUAAAGCCUGUCUCCAUAGAGUGUGUGGGCGCAGCGCGUGCGUCUGCAAUGGAGUGUGUAACGCCAGUGUUCCAGCGCGAGGAAUCGGAGGAGGGCGAGUUGGAGCUGGAUAUGGAUGGGGCUCGAGGACUGUGGGGUGGGCGGUUUACCUACCACCCCUACGCCAGCCCCAUCCCCUUCGAGACAGAGGGGCACAUAUUACGCCUAUACCCAGGGCUGGACGAGGUGUCAUUACAUCACCAGAAGCUGAACCACGUGAGCUCCUGCAUGAGCAUCACUAUGACGAUAGGGGGCGUCGACUGUGGAGCCAACGUUCUAGACAACGAGAUCACCUGCAGGAUCCCCAAGAACCUCACCAUACCUACUGAGGGGCUACCAGUCAAGGUGGUGAUUAACGGUGAGGAGCGUGAUGUGGGUAUUGUGAUGCUGGUCUCUUCUCUCUCCUCAUUGGCUAUCGGUCUGGGCAUCCUGGCAGCGCUGGUAUUGGGCGCCACGCUGGCAUUCGCACUCAUGAAGCAGCACAGGAGGAAGAAGAGAGAACGCCUCUCCCAUCUGUCUACAAACCAUAACCGCCACAACGGCAUGGACCAGAGCCCAGUGGGAGACUACAGGCGAGGCAUCGCUGGGCGUCAGGUGGAGGUUCUAGUUCCGCUGGUUCCUCUGCGGGAGAACAUGUCUCUCACCUCCCUGACACUCGGAGCCUCUCUACUGGAGGAGGUCAAGAACGUGCUCAUCCCCCCACACACACUCAACCUGCACACACACCGCGUCAUCGGCAAGGGUCACUUUGGGACAGUGUAUCAUGGAUACCUGAAGGAUGCCAGCGGCCGUGAAAUACACUGUGCUGUCAAGUCCCUCAACCGCAUCACUGAUGUGGAAGAGGUGGAAAUGUUCCUGAAGGAGGGGCUAAUCAUGAAGGCGCUACACCAUGCUAACGUGCUGUCACUACUGGGAAUACUGCUGCCCCAUGAAGGGCUCCCUCUAGUGGUAUUGCCGUAUAUGAAACAUGGAGACCUCCGACACUUCAUACGCUCCGAAAACAGGAACCCCACGGUGAAGGAUCUGAUUGGCUUUGGCCUGCAGGUUGCCAUGGGAAUGGAGUAUCUCGCUCAGAAGAAGUUCGUCCACCGAGACCUGGCCGCACGCAACUGCAUGCUGGAUGAGUGUUUUACAGUGAAGGUGGCUGAUUUCGGCCUGGCGCGUGACGUCCUGGAUAAGGAAUAUUACUCUGUUCAGGACCAGCGGAAGGCCAAACUCCCCGUCAAGUGGAUGGCCAUCGAGAGCUUACAGACACACAAGUUCACCUCCAAGUCUGAUGUGUGGUCGUUUGGAGUGCUGAUGUGGGAGAUGUUAACUAGAGGUGCCAGUCCCUACCCGGAAGUAGACCCCUAUGACAUCACACACUACCUGCAGAAGGGACGACGCCUACCGCAGCCUCAAUACUGCCCCAACCCACUGUAUUCCAUCAUGCUCCAGUGUUGGGAUCCAGAGGCUGAGAGGAGGCCUGCAUUUGGAGUGCUGGUGUCAGAGGUGCGCAGUAUUUUGAGCAGCCUUGAGGGGGAGCACUACAUCAGCCUCAACGUCACAUAUGUCAAUCUGGACCAGCCCCGUCCCUACCCUGCCCUCACCCAAUCAGAAGAUGAAGACUCAGACUGACACACAAGUCAAUCAUGCUAUCUCCUAGCAACAGGGGCCAGCUACACUGCCACCCUGUCCUCUACCCAAUCAGAUGGCAAGGACUCUGACUGGCAUCUGUUCAAAGAGUCGCAGACCACAAAUUGUAAAUAUCAAACACUUAACAUGAUACAUUCCUAUAUAUUUACGACUUGAAAUAGAAUGUGGGGCAUUAUCUUGGUGGUUACGGUUGCGUUGCGGUUAUGGAAAUAAGCUUGACAGUUGUGAUUGCAGAAGUGUGCGGCGCAACCCGACGUCAAAAUCUGACUUUUCAACAUCCCUAUUGCAAAUGAGAAAAUUAUCUUUGGAUUGUGUGUCUUACCACGCAUCACGAGGCCACCAACAAAAGGAGAGGACUGGAGGUACUAAAUUGAGUCGGACCCCUACACUACUGCAUAACCAAAGAACACAGGUGGACAAACCUGCAACAUAUAAGACUGCACAAGUAGCCAAACACACACACUACCUGAAGAAGGCCACUAAAUGACACAGAAAUGUAUUUUGGAGUGACUUACAUAGGUCACAAAGAAUGUCUGAUAUUAAUGUACUGUAUUAUUAUGUAUACCCUGCACAAUUAUAUAGGUAUAUACUCACACUGUGAAUCACUUUAUAUCUAAAUCCUGCAUUGCAUAUGUGAAUCCUGCAUCCUGCACAAAUAGUGACGAGAAAUUCUACUGUACUGUACUUAGAACAUGGGGGUGUUUGUGAUAUGUGUGUGGGAGGGGUGGUCGUGGGUGGGUCUGUGUUUUUUUUUGUAAAACAAGUGAGCCUUUUUAUGCUCUGGGUUCACCCCAUUCUGUCUGAGUAUUUGUAUUGUUGUUGUUCAAUUAAUACAUUAUUUAAAUAUAUAUAUAUAUUCUUCUGUAUGCGUACAGCAUCCUUCACAUAUGUGACUAUAAGAAAACAUGCCACAAACAUGCCGUAAGAAAACAUGGUGCAAGUUAGACAGGGGUCAUAUGUGACUAAAGCCAGGCUGAUAGUUAGCCAGGGGUCAUAUGUGACUAGCUACACGAAGAAGAAGGGAAAAAAUGGGAAGAAAUUGACAAACAAUCUUUAUUUGCAAUUUUCUCAGUUUCACUCUGCUCUGACAGACAUGUGACCUGCAUUCUUGUGGCUAGUCACAUUGGUGACUGUGUUUGUACACCAUAGUAUGUAUUUCCUACGCAAAUACUCAGGGGUGUCAAAAGUAAAAGUAAAGGCAUGGUGUAAGUACAACACUAGUGCAUGAUGUUACUCCAGUUACCCCACUAAUACACUAAAAAUCUAACAGGAACCCACCAAAAACUUGAUACAACCAGUGCAGAGUUAACUGUUGUGUAAUGCUGUUCUUGUGUAAAACCUAAAAGGUAUUACACAUGUGUUUUAUGUAAAACAUUGUUCUAUAAAGGCUAAAGGUGCUCGCUCAA